CCUUGGACUAGCUUUUAUCUCGUGUCUUAUUUGUCAUAACCGACGUGGCGUAGACAACAAAAUCUCUUGGCUAUCGUGGGUCCCUUACGCAGUUGGGAAAUUCCCUUCUUCUUGGUAUUGGCAGAUAUCCUACUGCUUUCAGAUAGAUGAGUAUGCGGAAGGCACCCGAAUGCGCUUUGGGUAUCAUCGUCUUCUGAUCUUCAAAUCCGGGAAACUCUAUGUUGAACCUGGAAUUCUUGGCGGUCAACAGACUUGAGCUUGGGGUGUUGUUUAGUUGUAGAUGUUUUGAGAUUGUCGUUGGGUUAAAUAAGGGAUAGAUCACUCUUUGUGAUACAUCGGACUUUGUAUAAAGAGUUAGGUCUAGAUCAAUGUCAUUUUUGAUCCAGGUUCACUCGUGUGUAUUUGAUUCUUACCGAUCCCUUUUGACAUUGUGUUAGACUCUAUUUUAUUUUCUCUCUUUGUGUCCAAGAGCAAUGGAACAGAGAGUUUAUUCGUCGCCAAGUUCUGCUAUUCCCUUCCCAUCGAAUGAUCCAGAGGCUCGUGCUACGUCGACGGGGCCAGAUGUCGCAGAGGUCAAUUCGCCUGUCGCUUCGAUCCACGAUGGCAAGGCGGGUCAUGAUGUUGAGAAGGUGAAUAAUAUCCUCGAUGAUAUCGACAUUUACGAUCCGAACCGACCGAAGUUCAAUUUCUCUCUGCGCAUAAAGCACUUUACCUGGGCCUGGUUCACCUUGCCGAUGAGUACUGGUGGUUUGGCGCUUUUAAUAUAUGCCCAACCUCACCAGUUCCCUGGACUCCGUCAAAUUGGAUUUGUCGUCUAUGUCGCCAACAUUAUCAUCUUUGCCGGUAUCGUUGCUGCCAUGACUAUGAGAUUUGUACUUCAUAAAGGUACAUUUGUAACGUCGAUCACUCAUUCUCGAGAGGCUUUCUUCGUUCCAACUCUAUUUCUUGCUAUUGCGACUAUUAUCACGGGUACUCAACGAUAUGCAAUCGCGGAAGAAAGCACAUCACUUGUAUGGUUCAUAUCGGCGCUCUUCUGGGGAUAUGUGGCAGGGUCAUUGUUCGUUGCAAUAGCUCAGUAUAGCUAUGUGUUCAAAACCCACGACCUUGGCCUCCAUACAAUGAUGCCGACUUGGAUCUUGCCUAUCUUUCCCAUCAUGCUUUCGGGUACGAUUGCCUCUGUUAUUGCAGAGACUCAACCCGAAAUGAAUGCAGUUCCGAUCAUCGUGGUUGGCUUAACCUGUCAGGGGUUGGGAUUAUCUGUGGCGUUCAUGAUGUAUGCGCAUAUGGUGGGGCGCUUGAUGUCCAGAGGUAUGCCGAAUCGUGAACAUCGAGCAGGUCUAUUCAUGAACGUUGGUCCUCCCGCAUUUACGGCUUUGGCGGUCAUCGGUAUGGCGAACGGACUGCCUGAUAAUCUCGAUAUCAAUAUGGGUAUGGUGCUGGAUAUGAAGGUGAUUAGGCCCAUAGCAGUGGUCGCAGCUAUAUUUCUCUGGGCCCUAUCACUAUGGUGGUUUAGCAUUGCCGUGGUAUCAGUUGUCCUUUCGCCGCCUCAGUACUUCCAUCUUAACUGGUGGGCGAUGGCUUUCCCGAACACAGGAUUCAUCUUGGCUACCAUUUCUAUCGGAAAUGAGAUACAGCACGAAGGAAUUCGCUGGAUCGCCACAGGUCUUUCGAUCUGUCUGUUGCUCACCUACCUUACCGUGCUGUUUAACCUAGUCCGAGCUGUCGUGAUUCAAGACAUCAUGUAUCCAGGACGCGACGAAGAUGUACUGGACGGGACUGAUACCUAA